GCUUUAUCCAACCACAAGUUUCAAAUAAAAAAUAACUUCGUAAUUGUCAGAUAUAUAUGUUAAAAACCUUUGUCCCGUUUCUUCAUGGUUUAUUAUCAUCAGGCGAAAUGAUCAUAACUGCCAUAAAAUAUUAGUUCCACGCUCAAAUAUUUAUAAUUAUAAGGAGUCAUUCCGUUAUUUUGAUUUUCAACAACUUCUGAAACUGACAAUUUCGCACGUGGAGCAUAAUAGGAGAAAUUGGGAAAUAUUAUUUGAAAAGUUAGAAAAAACUUUUAUGCAUGUAAAAUUUGUUACAAUUCAUUUGGACUAAAUUGGCUGACAAGAUAUUUGAAAUAGUGGACUUUUUUAACCAAUGUACCCAAAUAAGAUGCUGAACAAUAUGUUUUCGUAUCAUCUCGCUGCUUUAGGACUGAUGCCCGGUCUACAUAUGGAAGGUCAAGGCAGAGUAAAUCAGUUGGGUGGCGUCUUUAUCAAUGGUCGACCUUUGCCAAAUCAUAUACGAUUACAAAUUGUAGAGUUAGCAUCCCAAGGAGUGAGGCCGUGUACAAUUAGUCGACAACUUCGAGUGUCCCAUGGCUGUGUCAGUAAAAUCCUGCAGCGUUAUCAAGAGACCGGCAGCAUCAGACCAGGUGUCAUUGGUGGCAGCAAACCAAGGGUGGCCACACCGGAAGUAGAGAAGAGAAUUGAAGAUUACAAGAGAGAGAAUCCGGGUAUUUUUAGUUGGGAGAUUAGAGACAGAUUGAUCAAAGAUAAUAUAUGUGACAGAACAACGGUUCCGAGUGUAAGUUCCAUCAGUCGAGUGCUCCGCAGUAAAUUUCACAGAACUGAUUCAGAGGAAGAAGGCGACUUAAGUUGCGACGAGGAAGAAAUGGAGAAAAAAGAGGAAAUACGACAGAAUCACAGUAUAGACGGGAUUCUACGAGGAGACGACAAGAAAGGUUCUGAUGAGGAGUUAUCUGACUGUGAAUCGGAACCAGGGUUACACCUGAAGCGUAAACAGCGACGUAGUAGGACUACUUUCACAGCGGAGCAAUUGGAAGAAUUGGAACGUGCGUUUGAACGUACUCACUAUCCGGAUAUAUAUACGCGUGAGGAGUUAGCUCAACGUACAAAGUUGACGGAGGCCCGUGUACAAGUGUGGUUCAGCAAUAGAAGAGCUAGAUGGAGGAAACAAGUUGGCAGCAAUCAGAUCUCGGCCCUCAACAGCCUCCUACAAGUUCCCGGUGGAAUGCCAAACCACUCUUACAUGCUCCAUGACCCCUCAACCUAUCCAAUCCCAACAGCUCAAGAUAGUCUGUGGCACAGGAAUACAGUUGCUCAAUCAUUACAGUCACUAAGCCAGACCCUCAAACCUGGAGAACCCUCAUAUGCUGGCAUCAUGGAUUCAUAUCUGUCUCAUACAUCACAGGUUAACAGCAUGGCCGCUCACAGCAAUGCAGAAACAUUUACAAAUAGUUGGAAUAGUCCAGUGACGUCAACAGUUAGCUCCCUUCCAUAUGCAGCGACUUCCGGUCAUUAUCCUCAUCCAUACCCAGAUAUGUCCAAGUACUAUAACUCUCACAUAGCUGGAGUACCAUCAUCCAUGGAGAGAUGUGCAGUUGAUGACAGUCUUGUAGCUUUAAGGAUGAAGUCACGUGAGCAUUCUGCUGCCUUAGGAUUGAUGCACGAUUCUGGGAAAAUGACGGCUAGCUAUUGAUUCAAAGAAUUUUAAAUGAUUGUCAAUCGCCUUUGAUUUUUAUAGGCAAUGGAAAGACCGGUAUGUAACCCGAGGCAGGAAUCUCACUGCAUGGUUUGCGAGAUUUGAAAUGGAGGACCCAGAAAUUCCAGACCGGAAGUAUUACAGAUGGAAUAGCACGUGCCUUAAAAUGAUGUCUGUAUGAUAUAAUGAAUGACAUUCAAGCAAAGAAUGACGUUUUAGCGUAUCUCUUAUUGACAUGUGUCUUUUGUAAUGUGUAUAUUGUUAAAUACGGACAAAACUUUUAUGUCUGAAAUGAAAUAUUCUUGCUCUUUCUGAUGACCUUUGGCAGUAAUUCAUAUUAGAUAUAUAUUGUGUGUACUAUUGCUAUAUCAUUGAAAUCUCAUUGUAUGUAUAUAUAUAUAUUAUUCAACUCAUUCAUCUAUCCUGUGCUUUAUUCUA